GCAAAAACCCUUCGGCCCCGCCUCUUCCCUAACCCGGCUGGUAUGGAGUUCUCCGAAGAGUGGAGGGCGCUGUGGCCGGUUUCCUCCGUCAUCAAAGCCUCACCCGUCCUUGGAGGCUCCGCUGCAAAUUUGGGUCCUCUCUUCUUCAACCCCUCUCCCAAAACCAUCACCCCGCUCUUCUCCUCCCCAUCUCUAUCCCCUUCUCUCCUUCCUCCCCCGCACCUCUCCCUCUCCCGAUUCCUCCAAACCUUCGACGCCUCUUCUUCUCUCCCCCCCUCUCUAUGCUCCGCUGUCGCUGCUGCCUUCGGCCCCAACUAUCCCUCCAUCUCCUCCCAUUUCGCUCACAACCGCCUACAGCUGCUCCACUGCCCCAACAACGUCGUUAUUGCUUUUUUCCCUGUCGGUGAGAACUCCGAUCAAGUCGGGUACAUCCCGUUGAAGGUGCAAGGCUCGAAGUUGGAAGCCCAGGUUGGCGACGAUGGUGAUUUUUUCCUGGCGAAUAAAAAGUUCAAUCACCGGAUCACGAGGAUAUCGGUUAACCCAUUUGCUGAAUCGGUUUUUGGGUGUUUAGGUAAUUCUGAUUUGGUUGGGCAUUUGAUGGCUUGUACAAUGUAUUCUGUGCAUUGGUUUAAUGUUAGGCUUAAACAGUACAGGUUGGAUGCAGAGAAACCGGUUUUAGAGUAUUUGGGUAUUAGUGCCUUUAAAAGUUGUGGCAUUGCACAUGCUUGUUGGAGUCCGCAUUUGCCAGAGCAGAGUGUUGUUUUGUUAGAAAGUGGUGAAUUGUUCUUGUUUGAUCUGAGUUCUUGUUCGGAAAUCAAUUAUUUGAAUGCAAAACUGAAAGGGACUAGAUUGAGAGUUUCAUGGAAUAAUUUCAAUAAUUUGGAUGAAAAUAUAUGGUUGAGCUGCGAAUUUAGUUGGCAUCCGAAAAUUUUGAUUGUUGCUCGUUCGGAUGCUGUCUUCAUAGUUGAUUUCAGGUGUGAAGAAUUCGAAGUCAGCUGCUUGAUGACAAUUGAGAUAUUAGGUCUGAUUGGUUCCAUAGAAAAGGAUCGAUUUGUCGCCUUUUCAAGGGCAGCUCCUGAUGGUUUCUAUUACUGUGUGGCUUCUAAACACCGGCUCCUUUUUUGUGAUAUCCGGAAGCCAAUGACGCCAGUGUUGCAAUGGGCUCAUGAUCUUAAGAGUCCAUGCUUUAUUGAUGUGUUUAGAUUGUCUAAACUAAGAGCUUGCUCGAGGGAUGAUGAAUAUAGGCAUGCUUCUGAAUCUGGUUUUUGCAUUAUAGUGGGAUCAUUUUGGACUUGUGAAUUCAGUCUCUUUUGCUAUGGGCCUUCUUCUUCGGUUCUAAGAAGGUCUAUUGUUUCAAAAAUUCCAAAAUUGUCAAAAUCCCUUUCUGCGUGGGAGAUCCCAUCAGAUCUUUCAUUAUCAGGUAAUGAUUGUUCUUGUGGAAGUUGUCUUUUGAGAGAAGAUUUAUCCAAAGAUGCACUUCCUGCAUGGAUUGAUUGGCACCAAAAGAAAGAGAUAGUUAUGGGCUUUGGCAUCCUUAAUGAAGAUCUCUCUGCAUUACUGUUUGAGCCGGAUAGUUUUGGAGGGUUCACACUAGUUAGGUUGAUGUCUUCAGGGAGGCUUGAAUUACAAAGAUACUGUGCCUCAUGGAAACUUAAGAAGAAGUUUGAAGAAGGCCAAAAAGAAUCAUCAUUCCCAUUUGUGGAUACUCUUCUAUCUUCCUUGGAUGAUGAGGAGUAUAAAUUUCCCAGGAGAUUCAAGUACGUGAAACUUGACUAUCUCAAUGGAUAUUUGAAUGGUAAUCUUGCCAAAAUGCUGGUUUUGAACAUGAAAAAGCAUUGCAAGAGUCACUUGGAAAAGGAGUCUUUUAGUGCAGAUUUCCAUGAACUUAUAUGUGAGAAAUUCAAUACUUGUGGGUUCAUUCAGUCAAGAUCCUCUCCUGCACCUCCUGAUGCUUUUAGGGACGUCAGCUUGCCAACAAGCAUACAUGAGGUUGCAUUGAGGAAACUAUGGACAGACUUACCUAUGGAUCUUUUGCAUUUGGCUUUUUCCAGCUACUCGGAAUUCCUUGAAGUUCUUGUGGACAAGAAGGAGGUAUCUUUGGAAUUUUUAGCCAUUCCAGACCAACCCCAGUUGCCUCCUUUCUUCUUAAGGAAGCCUUCACACCGCAGUAAUAAGUGGUCGCUUAAAAUACCACGUGGUAAUGCUGUUGUUGGUCCUGUACUACCACUUCCUGUUCUACUUACGCUUCAUGAGGUUCAUAAAGAUGGCUCCUCAGAGUUAGAAGAGAAAGUGGACAGAUUUUCAUCUGAAAGGGAACUUAACACCCAAUGUAAUGAAGUCAUGGUGGCAGCCAGUGAAAUGGCUGUUCCCUAUUUGGGACAUGUGCUUCAGAAUGACCAUGCUGUCUCUCUUGCUGAAGAUAGAGAAGAGGCAUGGGUUGACUGUCAAAGGGAGAAGCCUUUUCUCCUCUGCCGUCAAGCUGUUAUGUUGGAUAAGGGAAAUUCUGCUCACAAAGAUGAGAGAUAUUCUACCUUAAUUUCAAAAUUGUCUAAGUCUCGUGUUCCCAGUGGCACAAUGGAAAUGGAUGAGCAAGAACUGUUUGAUGAGCUGUGCCCAGUAACUUUGAAGUUUGAGUGCAUGCCUUUGAAACCUGGACCAGCAGAAUUGAAAUCAUACAAAUUGUUGAAGAGGCAGUACUCCAAAUGGCAAGAGGGUUUUAAUUUAUAUCAGGAAUUUUUCAGUCCAUCCAAAUUACAGAAUCAUGACACAUGACUGUUUUGUUGAUCAGUUGCUGUAUUAUCAGAUCCUUCUUGGAGUCAAACCUUGCUCUUAUGUCACAUGGGUUUUUGCAGAUUAUCUCAAAACUUUUUAUUAUUGGAGUCAAUGAAGCAUUUGGUCCUGUUUAAUUGGGUAUCGCCACAUCUUUCAAAUGCAGAAUCACAAUCCAACCAUCCAUAUACGAACAAUGCCAGACCUCCAAUUGUGUAAUCAGAAGCUGUCCAAGAAAAAAAUGCAAGCAUAAAUAUGCACUCAUAUAGUUGUCCGGUCCCAAGCCCGGGUUAAGGAGGAGGGUUGCGUUAGGUAGCUGACAGCCAACAUAAAAUUUGUCAGAUCACUAUGAUAUGAAUCCUUACCGAAUAUUUGCUGGGGCGUCUCCUACGAGCGACGCGUUGCACUUGAACCACCCCAAUAUAGCGAAAAGUGGGCGAGGGUGGGCUAGGUUGUCCUCCCGAAGCGACGUGCCGUGUUGGCGCCUAGGUACGGUGUCAAAUAUGCGAGAGUUCUUGCAUCAUUUCGGACGUGGACAGUGUCUAUGGCUUCCAUCAACAGCAACAUUUCUUAGAGAAGAAAGUAGCAGUGAUCAAUCAUCUCCCCUCUCAGUUGUGCUGUUUUCUUUCGUUCAAGAUCACGAACAGGAAUGAGCUUCUGCGAUGUCAGGUCUGAUUGUCAGUGAGAAGUGAUUUGCUGAAAUGACGCGUCGACACUAGCACUGUCUUGAUCCAUCCCAAUAUUUAAGCUACAAGUCAAAAGAAUUUCCAGUGUGAUAAAUCCAUAAGGGUCUGACUACCUGACUUCUGUAAUAUUCCAUGAUAUUUGCAUUUACCAAGGCCAUGGUUCUCAUUACCAGAGGACAUACAGUACGUUGAUACAAGAUGGGACAUUUGUGACCGUCUUGCACUGAGCUCAACAUGCUUUGUUGCCUUGACGGGGGGCAUAUCGAGCACUAGGGCCUGUUUGAAUGUUGGAAGUGCACAUUGUGAAAUAUGAGAUUCUCUGCUUCUCAGAGACUCUUUGAUUUGGAUCAUGGCAUCAUUCCGUUGGUCAAACAUAUAUACAAGAUUCCAGAUGGAGGGGCUUUACGUUUCCAAAUAAAAAAAAAAAAAAAGUCUACAAGGCUGCCUGAUAAGUGUUUUUUUUUUUUUUUCCUUCCCUUCCAAGUAGUGACUAAAUUACUAUAGUGCCAUUGAAUUUUCCUAGUGUGGUAAGUCUGCCCUCUGGGUUUAGUGUACCACUUUAAUUGUUUGAACUUUGCGUAGAACAGUCUAAUCUUUUUAUUUCUGG